AAGCAGGAUUGUUGUGACAGGAGCUAGCAGCAGCAGUGACGUUAGCGCAUGCAUUAGGGAGCUUAGUUAGCCAUUUGUCUACCAGGUCCAAACUGUCAUUUCAGCAACACGGAGAAUGUAACGAUUGUCACGUUUGUUCUUUUACAUCAAAAAAGACACGGUAAAAAUAAAAUCGUUUGUCUAGCGACGAACACAGACUGGAUGCAAAAGGACACGACUUAGCAAGCGCCAGUGGUCAGCCUGUGGGGAAACCAUUUUAUGAUUGUCAAUGCAUCCGACACAUAAGGAUACACUCGUCUCGCUAGCUUAACUUAGCUAGCUAAACCAUAUCGUAUGUGUCGUGGAUGGGUUCACUGAACAAGGUACUCCUGGAAGAAACGGUGACUGGUGCUUAACGAACAACAUGGAUACUGCCGAAGAAGCGGAUAUUUGUCGUGUGUGCCGCUCUGAGGGGACCCCAGACAAACCCCUGUACCACCCCUGUGUCUGCACUGGCAGUAUCAAGUUUAUCCACCAGGAAUGUUUGGUCCAGUGGCUGAAGCACAGCAGGAAGGAGUACUGUGAAUUAUGCAAGCACAGAUUUGCCUUCACGCCAAUCUACUCCCCAGAUAUGCCCUCACGUCUGCCCAUACAGGACAUAUGUGCCGGCCUGCUGACCAGUGUGGGCACAGCCAUCCGCUACUGGUUCCAUUACACACUGGUGGCCUUUGCAUGGCUCGGGGUGGUUCCUCUCACUGCAUGUCGCAUCUACAAGUGUCUGUUUACUGGCUCUGUGAGCUCACUUUUGACGCUGCCAUUGGACAUGCUCUCUACAGAGAACCUGCUUGCAGAUUGUCUUCAGGGUUGCUUCGUCGUCACCUGCACCCUGUGCGCGUUUAUCAGUCUUGUGUGGCUCAGAGAACAGAUAGUCCACGGUGGCGCUCCCCAGUGGUUAGAGCAGCACCAGCCGCCACCACCUAAUGCUGCUGGACAAGCCAAUGAGGCACAAGCUGCAGGUCAGGGAGCAGCUGAUGAGCCCCCUGCAGCCCAGCCAGCCCCUGCUGAUCCCCCAGCCCAGAACGAAGCAGAGCCUGAGCCACCCGAUGUCCCCCCAGACCAAGGUGAUGACCCGGAGCUGGAGGAAGAAGAGGGAGCAGCUGCUGAAGAUGCAGAUCCCAACAAUGGAGCACAAGAUGACAUGAAUUGGAAUGCUUUGGAGUGGGACAGAGCAGCAGAGGAACUCACCUGGGAAAGGAUGCUUGGCCUGGAUGGUUCACUGGUAUUUUUGGAGCAUGUGUUUUGGGUAGUUUCUCUUAACACACUCUUCAUCCUGGUCUUUGCAUUUUGUCCUUACCACAUUGGGCACUUCUCUGUUGUUGGCCUUGGCUUUGAAGAAUAUGUUCAAGCCUCCCAUUUCGAGGGCUUAAUCACAACAAUUGUGGGCUACAUACUGUUGGCCAUGACGCUCAUCCUCUGUCAUGGACUGGCCGCUCUGGUCAGGUUCCAGCGCUCCCGGCGUCUCCUGGGAGUCUGCUACAUUGUUGUCAAGGUCUCACUGCUGGUUGUUGUGGAGAUUGGUGUGUUUCCACUCAUCUGUGGCUGGUGGCUUGACAUCUGCUCUUUGGAGAUGUUUGAUGCCUCCCUGAAAGACAGAGAGUUGAGUUUUAAAUCAGCCCCAGGUACCACCAUGUUCCUGCACUGGCUUGUGGGAAUGGUUUACGUCUUCUACUUUGCUUCUUUCAUCCUCCUACUGAGAGAGGUGCUGAGGCCUGGAGUGCUGUGGUUUCUGAGAAACCUCAAUGACCCAGAUUUUAAUCCGGUGCAGGAGAUGAUUCACCUGCCCAUCUACAGACACCUGCGGCGGUUCAUCCUGUCUGUGGUGGUGUUCGGUUCUAUCGUGUUGCUCAUGUUGUGGCUGCCCAUCAGGCUGAUUAAACUACUGCUGCCCACUUUCCUCCCAUACAACGUCAUGCUCUACAGUGACGCCCCAGUCAGCGAGCUGUCUUUGGAGCUAUUAUUACUUCAGGUUGUGCUGCCUGCUCUACUGGAGCAGGGACACACUCGCCAGUGGCUUAAAGGCCUGGUCAGAGCCUGGACAGUCAGUGCUGGAUAUUUACUAGACCUCCACUCCUACCUCCUUGGGGAGCAAGAGGACAACGAUGCCAACCAGCCUGUAAACAACAACAAUAAUAAUAACCCUCCCCCUGGUCACCAUAACAACAAUAACAACCCUGCCCCAGCUGUUGGGGAGGGGUUACAUGCAGCCCACCAGGCCAUCCUGCAACAAGGGGGACCAGUGGGUUUCCAGCCCUACCACCGACCCCUUCGCUUCCCAUUCAGGAUUGUGUUGCUGAUUGCAUUCAUGUGCAUCACUCUGCUGGUGGCUAGUCUGGUGUGUCUAACCCUACCAGUGUUCACCGGACGUUGGCUGAUGUCCUUCUGGACAGGAAACUCCAAAAUCCAUGAGCUGUACACAGCAGCAUGUGGUCUGUAUGUCUGCUGGCUGUCUAUCCGUGGAGUCACUGUGCUGCUGGCCUGGAUGCCCCAGGGACGCACCGUCAUCUUACACAAAGUCCAGGAGUGGACACUCAUGAUCCUGAAGACCCUGGUUGUAGCUCUGCUGGUCGCUGGAGUCAUCCCGUUGCUACUGGGUCUGCUGUUUGAACUAGUUAUUGUGGCACCACUCAGGGUACCCCUGGACCAAACACCUCUCUUCUACCCCUGGCAGGACUGGGCUCUUGGAGUGCUCCAUGCCAAAAUCAUUGCUGCCAUCACUCUCAUGGGCCCUCAGUGGUGGCUGAAGACUGUUAUUGAGCAGGUUUAUGCAAAUGGAAUUCGCAACAUUGAUCUCCAAUUCAUCAUCCGUAAACUGGCAGCUCCAGUCAUCUCAGUCCUGCUGCUGUCCUUGUGCGUGCCGUAUGUGAUCGCUGCGGGGGUGGUGCCGGCUGUAGGAGUGACCCCAGAGAUGGAGAUUCUGAUGCAGAGGAGAAUCUACCCUUUCCUCUUGAUGGUGGUCUCGCUUAUCGGCAUCCUGUCCUUCCAGAUCCGACAGUUUAAACGCCUUUAUGAACACAUCAAGAACGACAAGUACCUGGUUGGCCAGAGGCUUGUCAACUACGAACGGAAAGCUGGAAGAGCGAGCUCAGUCCCCCCCCCCAACCCCGUUGCGGAAUAGAUUUUUGUGUCACACGUCGCCACAUUUUUGCACCUGUUGCGUACAAGCCCCCACACCCUUUUUUUUUUUUUUUUUUUUUUUUUUUUUGAUUUUCAACAACCAAAAUCCUUUUGAAUCUCCUGUGGAUCUUGGUGGAUUUGAUGGAUGUCGUUCAAUUUGCUCGAAUUCCCUUUCACGCCCAUCAAAGGUGGGAUGGGAAAAAUGUAUUAUAAUCAUGGGACAGCUGAGGAAAUCCCCUCUGACAAACGGAGUGAGCAGGAGGGUGAGGGGUAGAGGUUUGAUUUAAAGCUCAACAUCUCUAUUGUCAUUCAUGCCUUGCUUUGUAAAGUGCUGCCUGAUAAUUGUACAUGUGUAAAUACUUUGAACGCAGACUUUGUCUUACAAAAAAAAAAAAAAGCGAUACAGAUUAAUGCAAUGACCAUUGUACAUCUUAAAAGUGUAUGUAUAAUUUAUUAAAUCAAACUGACAAUUUA